AUGGCGCGCGCCAUCCUCCGCCGCGCGCUCUCCCUCUCCGCCGCCGUGGCGUCCGCCUCCUCCCCCGCGACCCCCCGAGUCGCCGCAGCCUUCGCUUCCGCAUCCACCUCGUCCCCCGUCGUUCCUCUGCGCUCACCCCUCGACGACCGCCUCCACCGCCUCCUCCGCUCCGAGAUCACCUACCUCGCCGAGCGCCGCCCUCCCUACCCGCCGCCGAGGAGCUUUAAGUCGUUCGCCGUGGAGGACCGCCCGGGGGAGCAGUGGUUGAGCCUCCGCUCCCGCGCCGGAGCCGAUGAGGAGGUCAAGGUCGAGGCCACCAUGUUCGACGGCGCCGCGGAGCCGCUCCCCGAGGACGCGCCACUCUUCCGCCGCGUCGAGUCCCUGGAGCGCGGCCCGCGCCUCCACCUCAGCCUCAUCGUCGAGGUCACCCGGGGCGACCGCGUCCUCGGCUUCAUCUGCUCCGCCUGGCCCGACGAGCUCGCCGUCCGCCACGUGCUCGCCCUCAGGGCUGGCAGCGGCGGCGCCAGCAGCGAUGGCGCUCGUGGUGGACGCAGUUUCGAGAAGCUGGGUGCUGGGGAGAGGGAGGCGGUGACGAAGUUCUUGAAGGAGAGGGAGGUGGACGAGGAGCUCGCUGAAUUCUUGCAUGGCUACAUGGCGAACAAAGAGAAGAUGGAGCUUCUCCGGUGGUUGAAGACCGUCGAAUCAUUCCUUGACAAGUAG